UUACUGCGGACUUACAGCAACAUUCCCGAGAAUGAAGUGGAGAGUCAUCUGCGUGUGAUAAGAGACAAGGCCUUUGGCGUCCACCCAUACGGCUGUAUCGGGAAGUGGAACUUCCUGGACCUGUACAUGCCCGAUGUGCCUCAGUAUCCGGAGGUGGUAGAGCGGGUGAAGGCCGGCGAGGUCCUGCUCGACGUCGGGUGCUGCUUCGGGGCGGUGCUGCGCCAGCUCGUCGCCGACGGGGCGUCCGACGAGAAUCUCAGAGGUGCCGACCUCCAACCUUCAUUCAUCGACCUCGGAUAUGAGCUGUUCAAAGAUCGAGACCGGUUCCGCGCCAAAUUCCUCACAGGUGAUAUGACGGACCCCGCCGACAGGUCCUUUGACAACUUUAAUGGCACCGUUGACAUCGUGCACGCGGCCAGCUUCUUCCACCUGUUCUCGAGGGAGAAGCAGAUCCGCGCUGGCGAGAAGAUCGCUGGGUUUUUCAAGCCCCAGGCGAACGCUCUUGUGUUUGGCCGGCAGAGGGGCCGUCGCCAGACGAUGGAGACGGACGAGCCUGGGGAGCGGGGCCAGCUGAGAUAUUUCCACAAUGAGCAGACAUGGCAGGCUAUGUGGGAUGAGAUUGGACGUCGUACCGGGACGCGCUGGAAG